AGCCCAAUUUACUCAUUAGGUGGUGUCGAUGACCCAUCACAAUAUAUGUGUAUAUAUUGGUUGAUCAAAUAAUUUACUAGAAUUAAAAUCUUGGUUGAUCAAAUAUGAAAAUCAAGUCUUUUAUCUUCGUGUUUUUUCUUUGUGCAAUAAUUCUUGUCUCUGUUGUGGCAAUAAGGCCAUCCAAAUUUGGAAAACAAUUUGAUGCAACCGAAGAAUUCAAAACAAAAGUUGGAGUAGAUGGAAAUGGUGGAGGACAUGGAGAUUGGGUAGGUUCGGGAACUUGGGGAGGUUGGGGAGGUGGGGGAGGAGAAGAAGACAAAGAACAUGGAGGAGAAAGCGGAGACGAACACGAAGGAGAUUGGAAUGGAAGUGAAAAUGAAGCACCGGGUUGGGGAGACGAAGAAAACGGAGGACCCGGAGGAGAAGGUGUCGAAAAUGGAGAGCCGGAGGAAGAUCCAUGAAAACCAGAUGCAUUCAUGCUUUAGUGUAUUGUAUCCCUUGCCGUAUAAUUAAAUCAUACUUCAUUCGUUUUAAAAUAUAAGUAAAAAUGAGUCAAAUAAAUUUGAUGUAUUUGAUUUAAAAUUUAGAUCAAAUGUAUUCACUUUCAUUGACUAAUAUUUAUAUUUUAGGACGGGUCAAUAUAUAUUUUACUCUAUGUCCCUUAAAUUAAGAUGUCUUAUGUUAUUAUCACAUGUAAUUGGAUAAGAAGUACCACAAUUUCGUAUCAUAUUAUUUUGCUCA